AUGUAUGGCAGCUGCGGCGAUGCCCGCCAGGCCAGGACCGUAUUCGAUGCCAUCGCACCAGAAAGGAAGAACAAUUACUCCUGGAACCUCAUGCUCGCGGCUUAUCUCCAUAGCCGCGAUCUACACAAAGCUCAAGUCUUGCUGCAAGAUAUGCCUUGGGUUGAUCUCGUUGCUUGCAAUGUAAUGAUCGCUGGAUUUGUGAGAAACAACGAGAUCGACCACGCUAAGAGAUUCUUUGAUAAGAUGAAAGAUCGGGACGUGAUAUCUUGGAACAGCAUUGUUUCUGCAUUUGCUCAGAACCGGGAUUUGCAAAUGUCGAAAAUGGUGUUUGAUAGAAUGGCUCAGACCAACAUCGUUUCCUGGAAUUCUAUCGUCAGUGCCUACGCCCAAAACGGUGAAAUAGACAGAGCUUACGAGAUCUUCCGCGCCAUGCUCGAGAGAGACGUGGUUUCGUGGACUGCCAUGAUCGUCGCCAAUUCCCAGCUGGGCAGACCGAGCGAGGCGUUCUGCCUCUUCCAGAAAAUGGAUCUGGAUGGCGUCGCUCCAAACGCGUUUACUUUCUCCAGCGUGAUCGAUGCAUGCGGCAGCCUCCCAUAUCGGAGAGCGGGGAAGAUCAUCCACGAGGAACUCAUCUCGAUUGGGCUCUGUGGCGAGGUAAACGUAGAGAAUGCGUUUUUGAGCAUGUAUACAAAGCUUAGGAUGUUCGAUCUAGCAAAAACUAAGUUUGAUCUGAUGCCCAAAAGGGACGUGGUGUCUUGGACUUCCAUCGCUGCUGCAUAUGCCCAGUCCGGGGAUAUUGAUAUUUCGCUGUGUGUCUUCUCCAAAUCACCCCAACACGAUGUUGUCUCAUGGACAUCGCUCAUCGCGACCUUCUCCAGCGCUGGAAUGAUCCACGACGCCGAGAAACUCUUCGAUCGUACUCCAGUUCGCAACCGAGUGACUUGGAAUGCAAUGAUCACCGCCUACGCGAACAAUGGUUUCUCCUUGCUCGCGCUCCGCCUCUUCAAGUCCAUGGAUCUAGAGGGAGUGAGGCCCGACCGCGUGAGCUUCAUCAUCGCCAUCGAGUCGUGCGCUAGCAUCGCGUCCCUUGCGGAUGGAAAACUCCUCCACUCUUUGCUGCUUGCGGAAGAACAAGAUCCGUCUUCGAUCAACAUGGAGGUGGCGAUCACGACAAGCCUCAUCCAUCUCUACGGCCGCUGCGGCAGCCUCGACACAGCGAGACAGAUCUUCGACUCCAUCACCGGCGGCAAGGAUCGAGUUACCUGGAAUGCGAUGCUAUCAACUUACGCUCAAUCGAGACGAAGCUACGCUCUAGCGAUGGAUCUCUUCCGCAGCAUGGCAAUGGAGGGCGUGGAAGCGGACGAGAUCACGUCGGUGGCAGUGAUCACGGCUUGCAGCCACGCUGGAAAUCUCGAGCAUGGACGCCACUGCUUUGCGUGCUUGGUUAGAGACUUUGGAAUAAAGCCUGUGAUCGAUCACUACGUUUGCGUGAUGGAUGUCUUGGGACGGGUUGGAUUGCUGGACGAUGCGCAGGAUUUGUUCGAGACGAUGCCGUUUGAGGGGGACGAGGCAGCGUGGCUCGUGUUCCUGAGCACGUGCAAGCUCCAUGGCGAUGUAAAAAGGGCAAUUUUGGUGGCGACCAAGGCAGUUGUUAUUGGAUCCGCCACCCCGGCUACCUUUGUGCUGCUCUCCAAUUCUUUCUCCUAG